AUGGUGGAGUAUGAAGCAUGUAUCUUGGGAAUUGAAGCAGCUAUUGACCUAAGAGUCAAGAUUCUUGAGGUGUAUGAAGACUCAGCACUUGUCAUCUAUCAAAUCAAAGGAGAUUGGGAGACCCGCCAUCCCAAUUUGAUCCCAUAUCGGGAGCAUGUCAUGAAGCUAAUCCCCUACUUUGAUGAGAUUAAUUUCCAUCAUAUUCCUAGGGAGGAGAAUCAGCUAGUCGAUGCCUUAGCUACUCUGUCAUCUAUGUUCAAGGUCAAGUGGGCUAACGAAUCACCUUCUAUUACAAUUCAACAUCUAGACGAGCCAGCACAUUGCUUGGCAGUUGAAGCAGAAACAAAUGUCAAGCCUUGGUUUUAUGACAUCAAACGAUAUCUUGAGAAGCACGAGUAUCCAAAUGAUGUAUCCAUCACAGAGAAGAAGACCUUGAAGAAGUUAUCAUCCAAUUUCUUCCUAAGUGGUGGUGUUCUAUAG